AUGGCUUCUGUUGAGAGCGUACUGCAAAAUUCUGAGAAUCUACCAUUUCCAGCCCCCACCAAACAAGUGGCGGGAUUGGUUGAUGGGGUCAAGACUGAUGUCAUGGUCAUGAACUUCAGCGAUAAGAUCAUGGUUACCAUUUCCCAAGAGGGCCGACUGGCACACUGGCUACAUGUACCACUCGGGAACCCAAAUCCCGGGACUGAUGGCAUGCAUACGUUUUCGGACGGUGCAGACGACGGUCUGUUACCCCUCAGUGGAUUGACAGCAACUUCUCUACUUGGAGGUCAUGCGCCAGGCCAAGAUACCGUUGGCCAGCUUCUAGCUCGUCAAAUUGGAACUGCUAUUGCCACCAAAUCCCCCGCUGAGCAGCGAUUGCUCAUCGUUGGCUUAGGACUAGGCAAGACGGGCUCCGAUCGUGAUUCCUUUUUCGCAAUUAUCGACCUUGUCCUGCAAUGCAUUUGA